GGAUGACAACACUCUUAUUUUGCAGUUUAGGAAACACUGAAAAUGUAACUGGCAAAUGACAUUAAUAUUGUCGUCUUUCAAAAUUCGCUCAUUGGCAUUACAUGUCAACCAAGUAUUAAAUACAUACAGUUCUAAACCUAAAUAAUAUAUUUAUAUAUCAAACAAAUAUCUUGCACUCAUUAAAACUACUUGAAGAUCUAAAGAGAAAUUUUGGAGUUGCAUGGUUGGUCUACUGCUAAUGCAAAUACCAUGUGACGGGCAAUGUUUUGUCCCUCCAGCUGUGAAGUGUUUGUAAACAAUACCUUUCCGAAAUGUAUCAUCAUAUCAGCGGGCAUUGCCAGAAGUUAUUAGUGAAUGAUACGUCUAAUAUAUACUUGUCUUACAUCUUAAAACACAGAAUUAGAAACAAUUCAUAUCUAUUUUUUAAUGUAUGUUCAAAAGCGAGGUUAAGUACACAUAUUGGUUCAAGAAACUUCUUGGGCGGAAAAUGUAUUUAUAAAAAUGAGUCAGCUGGCUUCUCCUCAAAGCCAUUAAGUGAAAGGGUUAUUGUGUUUCCGUUAUCUGUUAUGACUAAUUUAUCUGGAAGUAAGAGUACUGUUCUUCACAUCAGUGCAAGGAAUUUUUCGGAACAAAUAGAUAUAUCAGGACAGGGUUGGCUUUAUAAAGGAAUGUAUGAUAGUCCACCGGUUUUAUAUGCCCAAGAACUCUUACUUCAUGUCCAUGACAUUUCUUGCAUGCCUUGGUGGGCAACUAUUGUUAUGACCACAGUGGUACUCCGCACAACAGUAACUUUUCCAUUGGCCCUUUAUCAGAAUUAUAUACUGGCAAAGUUGGAUAUACUUCAGUUACAAUUGAAAGAGAUUUCAAAAGAAAUGGGUAGAGAAACCAGUUUAGCUGUGAAGAAGUUCAAUUGGACAGAAAAACAAGCAAAAGCAGUCUACAUUCGUUCUAUGAAAAAGCAAUGGCGGGAAAUGAUAGUAAAAGAGAACUGUCAUCCAGCUAAAGCUGGAUUACUUAUGUUAGUGCAAGUGCCAAUGUGGAUAAGCUUGUCAUUAUCUCUGCGCAAUUUGGUUUUUAUGCUACCCACACCAGAUCCAGCGGCACAGGUGACAGCUUGGGAACUAAGUGGAGGUGGAGCGUUGUGGUUCCACAAUUUACUUCUUUCAGACAGUACAUGGAUUCUACCAGUUAUGCUAGGACUUGUUAAUCUAACUAUAGUAGAAGUACAGAAUUUGUCAAGAAUUAAACAAUCUGGCAAAUUUCAAAAGAUUCUUACCAAUAUUUUCCGUGGAGUCAGCAUUGCUAUGAUUCCUCUUGCUGCUUCUGUUCCAUCAUGUCUUUCCCUAUAUUGGGUUACUUCAAGUACAGUAGGACUACUUCACAAUCUUCUUCUUCUCUCACCUCGUGUUCGCAGUUUUGUUGGUAUUCCUCAAACUAACUUGGUCUCCAAGCAACCAUACAGACAUAUUUAUACACAGCUCCUUACUCGCCUUGGUUUGACAGCUUCACCUCACUCUUCUAAAUAGACUGUUUCACGGAUUUUGAAUAAACAGCUGCGUCACAAAGAAAUAAAAAUCUUAAUGAACCAUUAUAUUCCCAGCAGGUUGAGACUAAUAAUUUUGACAAAUUAUGCUAUUUAUAGCAGAGAAAGAAUAGAAAAAUAACACAUAGUUUUAAUCUUGAUUACAUGUUAGUUAAAUGAAGAAUGCUGCUCAAAGAACUGUUAAAAAUGUUAAUUAUUUCAUCUAAUUUGAAACUUUUAAUACGCUGUUAUUUAUUAAUUCAUGUACACAAGAUUUGUUGAUGAAAGAUAUGAAAAUAAAAAGAAAUUUGAUAUAUCAUCUUCUGUGUUGUCUUGAAAUGAGAAAAAGUAUGGUGUCUUAUUGUAACUUGCUCUCUGAUUCAGAGUUGACCUUUGAGUUCAUGACCCACUGUGUGCAGAUAAGUAACGAUAAACUCAUGCUGAACUGUCUUGUUUAGAGAGUGUAUUUGCUUCCAUGUGUGAGAGUGGUGGGUGAUGAUUGGUUUUCCAAAAUGUUACUUUUUCACCCAAUAUUAUGGGUGACUUUAUGUUUCUGGAAUGUUGCUGAGGUGAUUAGCUCUGGAUCCGCGAGCCAUCGGAGGGUCCAGAGGAAUUCCCAUUCACAAGCUGGAGAUGGUUUACCCACAGCACGUCGAAUGCAUCAACCGUAUAGCACCGACUUGCAGUACUUGAAUCGGGAUAAUUGGCCUUUUGAAAGCAAAAAUCAGUUCGAAUCGCCUGACUCCGGCCUCUUUACUUCGGAUGUAGGCCCUCACGAUUAUAUUCCAUCCUCGCACAAGGGAAAGAAUCCUUCUCGCGACUCAGAUCACGUCGUUCAUUCGCAUUACUCGUCAGUCCGACAACAGCCUGAAGUUCUUGUCAGACCCGAGACCAAUCCUCCCCACGAAGAGACUUUCGCCCAGCGAGACGUUAUAGAAAAUAAUGGGCCUACACAGAAAACCAAAAUUUAUAAUUCUGCUCCUAAUAGAAAGGAGAUAAUUGAUUCAAGCGUAACUAAGGUUCCGAAAGAGAAACAUCCACGCCAGUUUCAGGACGAAAAAUUUAAAGAUCCUCCAAUAAAUAAAAAACCUACUAAAUAUUCGUCACCGUUCAAUUACAAUGACGAUGUUAGUGAUGAUAAUGAUUCUGACUACUAUACAAAUGGACCUUCCGAUCGCGAAGAAUAUUCCCCGCCCGACAGUCAAAUUCAUCAGGAAAAACAAUUCAUUGGUCUAUCAACGACUGAAGUUCCUUUUCGGCAUUCCACGUUUGGGCUUGAACAUAUUCAGCGACCGACUAACACGCCACCCAUUUUUAGCUCCCUGAGACCGGCUUACGAGUACGUUGAAAAUAAUUACUCGCCCUCUGAACGACCGCAUGCAGAGAACGGAGAGCGGCCAAGCGACGGUUUACCGACGUGGUCGCAACUCCCUGCGCCAGCCCGCGCAGCGUCGUCACCCGCGCCUCCGCCCCCCUCCCCCGCGCCCUCACGGCCACCCGCGCGCUCCUCGGGCGCGGGGCAGUGCCCCUCGCAGGCGACCGGCGCCUUUCCGUACCUGCCGGACUGCAGGCGCUUCGUCAACUGCUGGCGCGGGCGCGGCUUCGUGCAGGCGUGCGCGCCGGGCACGCUCUUCAACGCGGACACACGCGAGUGCGACCACCCGCACAAGGUUCACUGCGAGGGCGGGGCGCCGCUGUCGGACUACCCCCCGGAGGCCGACCUGCCGCAGGCGGCCUCGGAGCCCGCGCGCGCCGGGCGCCGGCUGCCCGCCUUCCAGCCGCCGCCCCCAGCCGCGCACCCGCCGCCUCAGGCGCAGCUCCCGCCUCCGCCGCCUGCGACGGCGCUGCCUCCGGCGGAGCCCCGCGACCCCCCUCCCCCCCGAUGCCCCGGGCGCGCCUUCAGCGGCCUCGCGCCGCACCCCACCGACUGCCGCAAGUUCCUCAACUGCUGGAACGGCGCGCCCUUCGUGCAGGAGUGCGGCCCGGGCACAGUGUUCAACCCUCGAAUAUUGGUGUGCGACUUUCCGUACAGAGUGAAAUGCAACCAAACAGGUUCUCACGAUAACUCGUCAAAAAGAACCAAUCGAGGGCAACCUCCAGAACAACAAACGCCCUCAACAAACGAACAAGUUUCAACUCUACGAAACCAUCUUCCAGCAAUAACAACCCCAACGACUCUUCCAACAACUCGAACGAACUUCUUAUACAGAGUUACGACUCCCAGAACGUUUCUCGCAACGGAACGAACUAUUCUCAUUCCGACUACCUAUCGUCAAAGAAUUCCAUUGCCAAACAACCCGACGGCAACUUAUGAACCGACCAACCGGCCCUCUGCGCCACGGGGGACGACGAUGUCGGCAGCCACGUCUCCGUCGCCGACGGCGCGAAGGCCGCACCCCCCAGCGGAGGCCCCGACGCCCUCCAUGGCGCCGGCGCCGUCCGCGCCCCCCACGGGGCAGGCGCUGCGGCUGCGAGGGGGCCCCUCCCCCUGGGAAGGCUUCGUGGAGGUGGCCGGCGCCAACGGCGGCUGGGGGCUCAUUUGCGACGGAGCAGGCCAGUGGAAUCUCAGCGAAGCGGCCGUGGCGUGUCGACAGCUGGGCUUUCACAGGGGGGCGGAGGCGGCGUGGCAGGGCGGCGCGGCCGCCGACGCCCGGGUGGCCUGGGACGCCGUGCAGUGCUCGGGCGUGGAGGCGGCGUUGGGGCGCUGCUGGGUGACGCCCGCGCGCGGCCGCUGCGACCCCUCCAGCCAAGCGGCGGUGGUGCGCUGCGUGCGCAACCACGCCUCGCUCUGCCGCCCCGGCGAGUUGAACCACGCGGGCCGCUGCUUCGCUGCGCUCCCGCCGGCCGCGCUGUCGGCGGCCGACGCGCGCGCGCGCUGCGCCGCUCGCGGAGCGCGACUCGUCGAAAUCUUAUCGCAG